GCUGCGAUCAGAACGACAGCCCGGCCAUGAAGAAGGCCGUGUCCCUGCUGUCCCUCACCACCCCCAACAGCAACCGCAAGCGCCGGCGUCUCAGGGACACGCUGGCUCAGCUCACCAAGGAGACGGAGAUCUCUCCCUUCCCCCCCCCACGCAAGAGACCCUCAGCAGAGCACUCCCUGCCCAUGGGCUCUCUGCUGGACAUCUCCAACACCCCCGACACCUGCAAGGCAUUGGCAGAGAGCUUAAAGCCUUCCAAGAGUUCCACUCCGGUUGUUUCCAAGCAGUCAGCCAGGUGGCAGGUCUCCAAGGAGCUCUACCAGACUGAGAGCAACUAUGUGGAGAUUUUAAACACCAUCCUACAGCUUUUCAAGAUUCCAUUGGAAAAAGAGGAGCAGGUGGGCGGACCCAUCCUGGCUCAGGAGGAAAUGAAGACGAUAUUUGGCAGCAUCCCAGAAAUCCACGAUGUUCACACUAGAAUAAAGGGUGACCUGGAAGAUCUGCUGACAGACUGGUCAGAUGACAAGAGUGUAGGAGACAUCAUUCUCAAAUAUGUGAGUAUUAACAGCUUCCCUGAAGAUCAACAGCCUUCAACUCCUGAAGACGAUUCUCCAUCCCAUUCAGUGAUAAUGGAGGCAGAUGAAAUAGAGCUGACCAAAGAUGAGCUCCGGACUUGGAUUAAACAAAUGGUUAAGCAGGACAAGCUGAUCGAGUCCGAUGUGCUGCAGAAAUGCACCCUAAUUCAAGCCAUGGUGGAUCGGAAAAUACAACGGGCUUCCGAACUCGUGAAGCUCUGCGAGUCUGUGGAGGCAUGUGAAGCCGUUGUGAGGAAGCAAUACGCCUUGCUGGGGUGGGAUUACAGAGACACUGACUCUGAGGACGAUGACGCAACAAGCUGUGAAUCAACGCUGGAGAGCACUGCAACACUUUCUAAAUCCAAAAAACCCUCAAUCAGGAAAGAGCUAGUGGUGGUCUUGACCAGACUUUCGGAAAAUCAGAUAAAAAUGUUUUGUCCUCCGACGCCUCUGGAUGACCUGAGUGAAAAUGAAUCUUCCGACAACUCGGAUUGUGAUGAGUUGUGGGACCCAAAACAGAGGUCCGAUGAUUCUGAUUCCGAUUCUUCCGUCUCGAGUAGCAAACCUGCUUCAAAAAGGAGAAGAAAAGGAGAUAACAACCAAAAAUGUUUUCAAAGUGAAAUAAAAUCACAACAUGGCAGAAUUACCGCAGCUACGAGCAACGAAGUAAAGACACCCCAAGCAAGUGCCAAUACUGACGCUAAGAGUGCAGUAAUGAAUACACCAACACGACCAGCAAAAGCCGAAGGAGCAAGCCUAGAACAGAAAGUAAGUGUUCCUUGCCAAAAGUCUGACACAGUUACCGAGACUGCUCCCAGCGCGCCACUAGGAGCAAUCAAGGUUACAAUGAGUGUCCUGGCGAGAAGGAAGGCCAUGAGCUGGCGUCGGGGAAUAAUCGUCGAGAUGAUGGAAAGGGAAGAUGGACGGAUGAAAUAUAAGAUCCAAUUUGAGAGCAAGGGGAAGAGCCUCGUCUCCGGCCACCACAUCGCCUUUGACUACAUGCCGAAAGUGGAAAGUCUGUUGGUCGGCAGUCGUGUUGUGGUCAAACAUCAGACUGAAGAGGGCCAGUUCUGCCCGGGGACCCUGGCAGAGCUCCCAAGCAGGAAAAACCGCAUGAGGUUCCUGGUCUUUAUGGAUGAUCACACGCCGCUCUAUGUGAACCUACCUAGCCUUCACCUGGUGUGCAGACCAUGUAAGUUUGUCUCAUUCAUUCACAUCAACAGAUUUCAAGAUUAGCACAAGUUGCUCUGAUCAGAGUCCAGUCUGAGAGCUGUUUGCUGCCUCAAAAAUGUGUUUCGCUCUAUUCAAGUGUACCGGUAAUCACCUGGGGCCUCAUUUAUAAAGCCUUGCGUAGGAUUGACGUGGGAAGGUUGCUUACGUAGGACAAAGCAAAUAAAUACGCACCGACACUUCCCGAUUCAUAAAAGACUGCGUACCG